CUCUUUCUCUCGGUCUCUGGAUUGUAUCUUCUCAUUCCACUACCCCCUCGAAUCUUCCCCCCUACUAGGUCUUUGCACUAUACGAUGCCCCCUUGGACUGAUCCUUCACCCUCUUUGUAAUCACACCCCCUGUCCCCGAUCCCUUGGUUGGAAUUACACAGGUACCUGUUGCAACUGUACCAUGGUCACCGCUCCUUCUACCUCCGCGGCCCGGAAGGACACCAUUCUGUCCCGAAGGUAUAUCGAGGGCCUAAUUUCUGAAGGCAAACAUAUUAUCAUCUUCGACGGUCGCGUACUCAGGGUCGAUGCGUGGAUUCCCUACCAUCCUGGAGGAGACAAGUCCAUCAGGCACAUGGUUGGGAAAGAUGCCACCGAUGAGAUCAACGCGUUACACUCCAAGGAAGCGCGCCAGCGAAUGUUGUCCUUUCAGAUCGGUCGCAUCGAGGGCCCAUGGGUGAACUUCCUGCCACCCAUCCAGGGCGGAAAGUUUCGUCCGUAUACCGAGGAUUGUCUGUCCGAUGAAGAGAGCUCUGGUCAGGAGAGUUCCGGUCAGGAAACGUCACAGCCGCCAUCCCCGAUCUUUGAUGCCGUCGAUAGCACGUCAGGUGCUCGCCAGCGGAAACCUGCGCCCGCAACCCCAGCCUCGGCCGCCAAAAGCGAAGAGUUCCAACCGAAACCCUUCUUUCUCGAUGCGCGCACGCAGGAGGAACUCGUCUUCGAUACGGCCAAAUACCCCUCGCUAGGUUUGGACAAUCAGGAGAAGAUCAAGCAGAGGUAUCGUGAUCUGGACCGGCAGAUCCUUGCGGAGGGGCUCUACGACUGUCGCUACUUCUCGUACUUUAUCGAAUGCUGCCGAUAUACGCUCUUCGCUGCCUUGUUCUACUAUUUCCUCCAGAUUGGAUGGUAUGCGACUUCAGGUUUCUUCCUUGGAUGCUUUUGGCAUCAGCUUGUGUUUACUGCCCAUGAUGCUGGCCAUAUGGGCAUUACGCACAACUUCCACGUCGACACGGUGAUUGGUAUCAUUAUCGCCGACUAUCUCGGAGGACUCAGCCUGGGGUGGUGGAAACGCAGCCACAAUGUCCACCAUAUCGUGACGAACGCCCCCGAACACGACCCUGAUAUCGAACACAUGCCAUUCUUCGCCGUCUCCCAUCGCUUCCUUACCAGCCUUCGCAGUACCUACUAUGACCGCAUCAUGGAAUUCGAUGCUGCUGCAAACUUCCUUUUGCGCUUUCAGAACUACCUCUACUACCCCAUCCUCCUGUUUGGACGUUUCAACCUGUAUCGUCUGAGCUGGGAAUACCUUUUCACGGGCCAAGCCCCGAAGAAAGGUCCCGCCUGGUGGCAUCGGUGGUUUGAGAUUGGCGGUCAGGUCUUUUUCUGGAUCUGGUUUGGCUAUGGAGUGAUGUACCGCUCGAUUCCGGACUGGAGCAGCCGGCUUGCCUUCCUUUUCGUCUCUCACAUGGUUACCUCUCCGCUGCACGUGCAGAUCACGCUUUCUCACUUCGCCAUGUCCACCUCCGAUAUGGGAGUCAACGAGUCUUUCCCGCAACGAAUGCUCCGCACCACCAUGGAUGUCGACUGCCCGACCUGGCUCGACUUCUUCCACGGUGGUCUUCAAUUCCAGGCCAUCCAUCAUCUCUACCCCCGCAUUCCGCGGCACAAUCUGCGUCGGACCCAGCGCCUGGUGCUCGACUUUUGCCGCGACACUGGCAUCCCCUAUACCAUCUUCACCUUCUACGAUGGUAACAAAGAGGUGAUUGGCAAACUCGGCGACGUCGCAAAGCAGGUCCGCAUUCUCGAGGAGUGCAGGAAAUCCUGCGCGGAAAAUGGUGUGUUCUCGGAUCAUCAUUAAAGCCAUUGAAGAUUAUCUAUGCGAGUCAGCGACCAAGCUAGAUGCAUCCCUUCUGUCACUUUAUCAAACAUGUACUAUUCCCAAAUCCUUGUUGUAAAUAGUCCCACUCUACGCUACGCUACGCCACCCCACCCCUACCCCACAGCACUAUAUAGUCUUUCUGGUGAUGGUCCGGAUAUGACUGAUGCCUUUUGACUGCCUCGCAGUGCUUAAUGAGAUAAUGCCCCGGUCUGUGAUUUAUUGGUCUAUAGAAUGCAUUAUAUAUUAC